UCCGUGCGCGGCGGGGACGCGCGGAGCGGCGCGGGGACGCGCGGAGGGCGUUGAGGCGCAGCAUGAGGGAGCAACCGUCGCCGCGGCGGCAUGGAGGGGUUCACCGGCCGCGGGUACGGCACGGACGGGCUCAACAACCGCCCGCUGUUCGGGGAGACCUCGGCCAGGGACAGAAUCAUCAAUCUAGUUGUUGGCGGCUUAACGUCCUUGCUGCUUGUUGUAACUCUAAUCAGUGCUUUUGUCUUCCCGCAACUACCUCCAAAGCCUGUGAAUGUAUUUCUUGCUUUCUGCAUCUCCUUGUGUUGCAUCUCUGCUGGCAUACUUAUCUACUGGUAUCGACAAGGAGACCUGGAACCUAAAUUCAGGAACCUGAUAUACUAUAUAUUGUUUUCUAUUGUCAUGUUAUGUAUAUGUGCCAACCUGUACUUCCAUGAAGUGGGUAAAUGAUGGACAUUGGGAAGCCCCAGCAGUGAUGCUGAGGCCGUGUCAGACUGCUUUUAGCU